AAAAGCUCUCACCACAGCCCUCGAUUGCCCCUUUUCAUGAUGCAACUUUAUCGGACCAUGCAGACCGAGAAUCAAGCAGGAGACAAGAGCUGGACCGAGGACAACACCGGACUACAUGAUUCGGAUUAUGUGACCAGCCUUGUUGCAAAAAGCUGUGAGCAAAGAGGUAACAAGUGGUCCAUCACCUUCGACAUGUCCUCCCUGUCCGCCAACGACCACAUCCAACUGGCCGAGCUCCGCAUCCGCCUCCUGGCUUUUAGUGAGUCCCCCAGAGCCUCAGUGGAAAUUUUCCACUCAUGCUCUGGGGACGGCUGCUCUGUUGGCAGGGUUUUCCUAGGCAGCAUUAGGGUCCAACCCAGUUCCUUGAGCUCCUCCUCCUGGAAAGUUUUCUCCUUGACCCAAUUGCUCCAACAUUGGCAGGAGAAUAAACUGUCCGGACGUCAGCUGAAAGACGCUGCGCUGGAUAUGGAGGGAAUCCAUCACCGAACAACCAAACGGGUCAUGAUGGUUGUCUUCGUCAAGCAAAACCCAGACGCCCAGCAGAUGCCUUCUCUGAUCCACACGGCGGUGAACUCCAAGUAUGUGAGCCUGGAUGGGGAGGCUAGUUUGAAACGUCGCAGGAAGAAAAGAUACGCCAAGCAGCGGCAGCAGAGACGAAGAAAAACCGUGGCCGCGCCGGCAAGUAGUGGGAACAAGAAGGGUCCUCUGUGCAGGAAGGUGGACAUGUGGGUGGACUUUGAGAAGCUGGGCUGGAGCCAGUGGAUGAUUUAUCCCAAACGCUACAAUGCCUUCCGUUGUGAGGGCGCCUGUCCCACACCUGUAGAUGAGAACUUCAAGCCAACCAACCAUGCCUACAUUCAGAGCCUACUCAUGCUGCACCACCCACACAAGGUACCAUGUUUGUCUUGCGUGCCCAGCACCCUGUCGUCGCUCUCGAUGCUCUACUAUGAGAACGGCAAGAUGGCCAUGAAGCACCACCAGGACAUGGUGGUGGAGGAGUGCAGCUGCCAUUGA